AAAAAAAAAAGACUCCGAAGAAGACGAGCAGCAGGAAGUAGAAGAAGAAGCGCGUUGCAGGCUCCAUUUCGCUUUUCUUUCUCACUGCGCGACACGCGUCAGCAACUCCAACUGCUUUUUUUUUUGUUUUUUUUUUUUUUUUAAAAUCUGUGAGCCGAUCUUUGACCUUCAACAAAGCAGUCAUGUCGUCGACAUCUCAGAAACAUCGAGACUUUGUGACCGAGCCGAUGGGAGAAAAACCAGUUUUUGCUCUCGGAGGCAUCGGUGAGGUCCUCGGCAAGAGACUGGAGGAGAAAGGUUUUGAUAAGGCGUACGUGGUCUUCGGACAGUUUCUGGUGCUCAAGAAAGACGAGGAGCUUUUCCGGGAAUGGCUUAAGGACACUUGCGGCGCAAAUUCCAAACAGCAAGGUGACUGCUUCAGCUGCCUCAAAGAAUGGUGUGACGCCUUCCUAUAAAGCGUUCGUCUCUUCAGUUUUACCUUUUUUUUUUUUUUUUUUUUUUUUUUUUGCAAUGGGGGGGGUAGUUAAAACUGUUAAUCGGCUCUUCACUAGAUUGAAAUCCUUCAUAUACAUACAUAUAUAUAUAUAUAUAUAUU